UGCAAUGACUCGACUGCUCAUUGACAUUAUUUACAAAAAACCCAGCUGGUGAUGGUACAAGAAUUUCUUGGUAACAUACGUUUUUUAUGGCUUCUGAUGUUGAUGUGAUGGGGAAAGAUGAUGCAUUUGAUGUCUCACACCUGGCAAGUGUGUGGACAAAGUGUAAAGACAGUAAAUCAUUGAAGAAAGCUAUCUUCUCGUUCUUGGCUGAUAUCGUUCCUGAUAUCUUCAAAGCUAAUGAAUUGCAACCGGAGGAGGAAGAGGAGUUUGCACGCAAGGUGGUGCUAACCCUUGAGUGGUAUCUCUAUGGGCCCAACCCUGAUCAAGUGAAGAGUGAUCUGAAGGCUUCUGAGUGUCCCCCACAGCUCUGUGGACAUGUCUUCAAGAAUGGAGAACCAACAUAUUCUUGCAGGGAUUGUGCCAUGGAUCCUACUUGUGUUCUCUGCAUUGACUGCUUCCAGAAAAGUGCACACAAAUCUCACAGAUAUAAGAUGAAUACAUCAGGUGGAGGAGGAUAUUGUGAUUGUGGUGAUGAAGAAGCAUGGAAACAGGAACCAUUCUGUGAGCUUCAUUCACAGGCUGCCACACAUCCACAACAGGAUCCACUGGAAAACCUUCCUCAGGAAAUCAAAGCGAGAGCUGUGAUGUUGUUCCGUCUGCUACUCAGACAUUGUUAUCAUAUCUUGUUCUUGGAUGAACCAAAAGAGAUACCCGAAGAUCUUCAAGGAUUGAAGAGCAAACCAGAUGUAUACUGCACUAUGCUUUUUAAUGAUGAAGUUCAUACAUAUGAACAGGUCAUAAGUUCUCUGAAGAAAGCUGUUGAAUGUUCACGCAAAGCAGCAUUAGAGUUUGCCACCAUUGUGGACAAGGAUGGUCGGAGUGCUGUACGGAGGGGUAACGAGAGGGACUGUGAGAGGGCCAAGAAUGUGAUAGAGAGAUCAACAUCAAGGUUAAACAGCACCCCGUUGAAGGUAUUGGUCAUGAACAUGGUGGUAGUCGCUCAUCAAACCUGCUCACUCAAACUACUCAACUGGCUUUCUACUGUGGCUGGGGGAUCAGAUGCUAUGCGAGUGCUGCUAUGUCAGGAGCUCCUGAGCAUCAAAGAAGGCCAGGAGAAUGCAGUCAUAGAAGAGAGUAUGUUGAAUGAUACACAUCUGUGGAAAGUUGCUCGAGCCCAGUGGCAUCAGCUUUUUAUGAGUACUCUUCUGAUGGAUUCAGAACACAAGAAACAGUUUGCAAUCCUCUUCACCAAGCACUACCCAACAAUCCUUGUAGACUAUUCUACCAUUGAUGAUCAUGACCAUGCCCUGUCUAUCUCAUCACUCUCUGUUCAAAUCUUCACAGUACCUACAGUGUCUCGCAUGCUUGUUGAGGAGCACAAUCUACUCUAUGUAAUCCUAAGGAGCUUCGUAGAUCAGACUAUUCAGUUCAGAGAUGGGAGGGGACAUUUGCAUUUUCGUAGGAAUCCCCCGCCCAGUAUUCGAAGGGCACUCUAUGGACUUCUAGAUCUCAGGUAUGUGUUGUCCAACAAACCAGAAUCUUGGACCAGUGAUCUUAGAGAUAGAGUAAUGGAAGGAGUAACAGUCUUGGUAGAACUACUCUCUAGCAUGCAUUGUAUGGACAGUGUGUUACGGCAGGUUGGUCACCACAUAGAGUAUGAACCUGAAUGGGAAAUGGCCGUCUCGAUGCAGAUGAAGCUGGGUCCAUGUCUGACCCUUUUACUGGAAUGGUGUGCAUCUGAUAGAUCAUUACUAGUGAAGGCAUACAGAGCAACCAUGGCUGCCCUCAGGAAGCUAUCUAGAGAUCAGCAGAGAGAAAAUAUAGAAAUUAAUGAUAAGAUGUAUAGUUGCAUCAAGUACUCAGUAAGCUCAAUGACGAUUAGCAUCCAUUAUGCACUGGUUAGAUUCUUAGCAGGUCUUCACCUUCAUCUAGGUCAUUAUGAAUUAGGUUUCUACACAGAAGGUCUUAUGAAUGGGCCAAGCUUACUUCCAGAGGAGUUGAUAGAGGAUCCGUUGAGGACACAAGUUCUUAUUGCCCAGGUGCAUGCUGGGAUGUGGAGGAGAAACGGAUAUUCUCUUCUUAACCAGAUUUACUACUAUCAGAAUGUCAAGUGCCAAACAGAGAUGUAUGACAAAGAUAUCAUCAUGUUACAGAUUGGUGGUAGCUUGAUGGAUCCUAAUGACUUCAUGGCUUCGCUCAUCGCUCGCUUUGAUCUUGUUAGAUGCUGGACAAAGGACUUUGAAGAAAGCAAAUCACCUGAGGAUUGCAGUGCCCAUCUUCCUAUUAUCACAGAGGAGUUCCUUGGUUUGCUUAUUGUCAUAUUCUGUGAGAGAUAUGUGAAAGGAGUUGGAGAUGUAUCUGACGAGGCUAGGGUGAGAAGAGAAGUACUACAUCAACUCUGUAUCAGUCCUAUGGCUCAUAGUGAGCUCACAAGAGCACUUCCUGAAGAUCACUGUCACGAAACAGGCAUGGAAUCAGUCAUACAUGAUAUUGCUGACUUCAAGAAACCGACCGGCGUUGCAGGGAAAGGAAUGUAUGAAUUGAAGGCAUCGUGUCUGGAUGAGUACUCACCGUACUUCUACCAUUACUCUAAAGUGGAUCAGACCAAGUCAGAAGAACAGAUCAGACAAAGAAGGAAACAGGAAAAGAAACCGCAACUGAUCCUGCCAUAUGCAAUGCCAAAGCUGAUGCGUAGCUUCAAACCUCUCCUGAGGAUCCUAUACAGUGAUACCUUCAUGUUUGUCAUCAAGACGUUACUGAUAAGGAUUAGGAAACCUAAGGGGAUCCACCUCACUGAGAAUAUCAUACAUAGGACAUUGUACUUGGUAGGUAUAGCAUUGAUAGAAGCAGAAGCCAGUCACAAGGAAGGCGAUCCUAUGACUUUCAUCAUCAAGGGAUCACAAGGAUCUCCUAACAUGUUUGGAGCUCUACAGGGUCUGGUCGGACAUCAAAGAAUAGAAUCUAACAAAGAGUUCUUAGAAUGGCUUCUCAAGAAAUACGAGGCCCUGCUGCAGCUAACGGGACAUGCUUCCACCAGUUCCCAGAUGAUGCCCCCUCCGGCUCCAGCAAACGCCAGGUCCAACGAGGAGAGAGACCAGGAGGCGGAGGAGAAGAAGAGGAGGCAGGAGAUGGCCAGGAAAAGGAGAGAACAUCUGAUGCAGCAGAUGUCAGCCAUGCAGAAGAACUUCAUCAGGGAGAACCCAGAGUUCUUUGACGCCACAAGCGAGGGCGGGUCGCCCCGUCACCGGACUGCCUCCACCUGCAGCAUGGAGACAGGGGAUGUUCCAGCCCCUGAGUACCCCUGUUGCCUUGGCCCUCGUCAGAGUCCAUCGGUAAUGACUGAAUCAGUGACAGCUACCUGCAUCCUUUGCCAAGAAGAGGAGGAUAUUGCAUUUGAUGGCAAAGCCAUGGUACUUGCAGCUUUCAUUCAAAGAUCCACAGUUCUUUCAAAGGCAAGAGAGAAGACAAUAGAAGAUGGAGAUAAGUUUGAUCCAUUGUUUGCUAGUUCUGAUCUGUAUUGGGGUACCCAUGUGAGUACAUGCGGUCACAUCAUGCAUUCAACAUGCUGGCAAGGGUUCUUUGAAUCACUGCUUGCCAAAGAGCAAAGAAGGAACCUCAGGAUGCGAGGAAUCCUCAACUAUGACAUCAGCCAGCAUCAAUUCUUAUGUCCACUGUGUGAGACACUGAGUAAUACAGUUAUACCUCUGCUGCCCUCUGUAGUCGGGUUACAGAAUGCUACCCAAGAAGGUGCACCUGUCGAAAAGAAAUCUGGAGAGACGGCAGUCAACCUGCAGGAGUGGCUCGAAGGCAUCCAGAAAACACUCCAGGCUUCCGCGCAACAGAGGGAGUUUGAGAAGGAGCAGGAGGAGGCAGGUGUGGUCCCCAUGGAGGCAGGAGCAAACAGUGCGGCUGCCUCGGACGAGGAGGGCAUCGAGGAGAAGGAUGAAGGAGAGGAGAUGGCUGGUGGAGAGAUGGAGCUGGGAGCGAUGGGCGGAGAGGAAGGAGCGCAAGAAGGAGGUUUACCGGGAGGAGAUGGGAUGGAAGCCAAAGAGAUGGAGGAGGAGGAGGUCAAAGUGGAAGGAGCUACUGCAAUGCCUGGAGCUGUGGAGGGAGGAGAGAUAGGAGUUGGAAGUUUUAUUCAGAUCUCUCACAUCCCUUCAUUGAAAAGGCUUCUUGCUGAAACCGUAUCCCAGAAAUUUCAGCAGCUCUUCCAGUUCAUCCAAGUUUCAUGCUUGCCAAUUUCAGAGAAUGUUAAAGAGAUGAUUAGGCAUUUUUCAAGAUCUGCCUACACGGUUGGAUUGGGAGUAAUGCCCCAUGAUGAUGAUUGUAGGAUGGCCAUACUAGCAUGGAAUACAUGUGCAUAUACAGUACAAGUUACAGAAACUCAGCUCAGGAAUGAAGGUAAAGCAUUAUUUGGAUCAUUGUCACAGAGACAGAUGGACUGUCUACGUUGUUUGAUAAGGUACUCUGUGGUCAAUAGCUGCCUGUGUAAUUAUGCCCAUGUACAGAGACAUGCCAUUAGAUUACUUUCAGCCCUAUAUCCUCAGGAAUCGAGUGGAAGGCCAACCGAUCCUUGCAUCUUAGAUAUCGAUGUCUUUACAUUACUGGUGAGUGUAUGCAUGUCAUUACCAAGGCUGUACAAUGGCAAUGAGAGAGUAUCAAUGAGUUUAUUAGGUGGACCAAUCAGUGAUCAUCAUCUUCUCAGGGUAGCCCUAGCAGCUCAUCUGGUCCAGGUCCUCCUCUCUGCCCCCAGUAAUAUCCCAUUUGAAGAAUCGAUGGAAGAGGAAGGAAGCAGUGUUGAUGUCAGCAGAGAAGGACAUGAUCUCUUAAAGGCUUGUGUAAUGCUAAGACAAUAUGCAGGAUUGGAAGCAGCCCCUCUCCCGCCCGGCUGGCAGCUAGUCAACCACGUCCAGGUGGCGUGCCUUCCGUUCCUCCGGUCUGCUGCCCUCUUCUUCCACUUCUUGACCAGUGUUCCGUGUCCAGCAGAACUUCAGAAUGCAGGCAUAGACGAGUUUGAACCGCUGUGUAAGUACCUGGGCCUACCUAUCAAUCUAGCUACCCUCCUAGACUGCUCAGAAACACCAAUCAUGGAGGACAUGAUCAAACGAUGGUGCUCUCAUCCAGAUAUCAAGAUAAAGAUGACCGAACAAAACUCGGGUCUGGUGAGAUAUCCCAUUGAGAUAAACCAGCUGAUUGAAUUGCCUCGAGACUAUAGUGACCUCAUGAAUGAUAGAUCAUUGUUUGCGUGCCCACGUGGGAACACGACAACACAGAGCGACAGUAGAGCCCCGGCCAUGUGCCUGGUGUGUGGGACUGUGGUGUGUUCACAGAGUUACUGCUGCCAGAGAGAAAUCAACGGUGAAUCAGUAGGAGCCUGUACAGCGCAUGCUAUCAUGUGUGGAUCUGGGUCUGGUGUCUUCCUCAGGGUUAGAGAAUGUAACCUACUAUUGAUGUCAGGAAAGAGUCAAGGAUGUUCUUACACCCCACCCUAUCUAGAUGAAUAUGGUGAACCUGAUCCUGGUCUAAGGCGUGGUAAUCCUCUACACUUGAGUAAGGAAUGUUACAGCGAGCUUCACAAACUCUGGCUCUCACACAGUAUCCAGGCAACGGUAAGCAGAAAACUGGAAGGCGCGUCUCCUCUCAUCAACUGGCAAAAUAUGUAGUUACUAUGAUAACACUCUUGGUUACCAUGGCAACCUCAUCAAUGCAAAGUUAGCAGAAAACUAAGAGGUGCAUCUCCUCUAAUCAACUGGCAAAAAAUGUAGUUAUCAUGAUAACAUUCUUGGUUACCAUGACAACCUCCUGUCAUGACUGCAUUCUUCACAUGGAUUGAACAUGAGUUUAAAGUAAAUCAUCAAUUUGUUAUGCUGUCAUCAUUUUGCCAUGGAAACAGCAUCUCGUAUGACACCUGAAUGUUCAGAUAUUUACAUUUUCCAUCUUAAACUGCCGGAGAAAGGACUUCAGCAGUAUUUGUGAUUUUAUUCAAACAAAGGAUUGAGAUAUAUAUUGCAUUCAUUCAAAUCUUUCAGUCGCUACAGUAGCAUCAGUAUUACUCAAAAUACUUGUCAGUGGUACAUGUGUCUGUAACUGUUAUCGAUCGAUCUUUCCUUGUUUGAGAUUUAGCGUGUACCAUAGAUGAUGGUUUUUGUACAAGUAGGUCUUGAUAUAGAUAGUAUAUCUUGAUUAAUAAAAUAUAUAUGUAGAUAAUUAUUACAUGUAUAAAACUAGGCAAAGUAAUAUUCAAAUGAUAUCUAACUAGAAUAAAAUGCCCCAACAAAGGCAUUGUUUUAUUCAUAUGAAAAUUAGAUUUGUACAGUAUGCGAUGUUGAGAUUUAGUUUACAAGUAUAAUACCGAUACAUUGAAUUUAUGAGUGACUGCCUGCCGAUGAACAAAAUAUAAGGUGGGUGCGUUGUCUCAAAGAGUUACAUUUUGAGAUUAAGAAAACGAUAGUGAUAUGAUUUUAAAUGUGAUUUAGAUUGAAAUUUGAGAUCAUAAGUUCACUGAAUACCUUUAAAGUUUGAAUCGGCAUUAUAGUCAUUUUGUUGAUGUCAGGCAUAUUCAAAUGGGGCCUUCUGUUAACUACGGCAAAUCUAUAAUAAUCCUAUUUAGCUUUAAAUGUCAGAUUUCAUUUGUAAACUUCAUGUUUAAUGUAUAAAUUUGCCUGUUUGUAUAACAGUGCUUAAAUCCAUGUGAGGAAAAGAAUUGUGCACAACAUGUCUUCAUUAUGCAAAGAUUGCAACUUCAAGUGUGUGUACAAGAUACUGAAUUUCAUGUAUGUACCUGAGGAAAACUUUUUAUAGAAACUUUGUUGACGAGAAGGAAAUCAAGAAAAUGUAUGAUUUAAUUUACAUGGAUUUAAUAGAAUCUAAUACAUUCUAUAUGCUUUGAAAUAUUGAAUCGGAUCAGUACAAGAUGCGUGUAAAUGUAUACAUAUAGAAAAGUCUACAGAGGAUGUUUUAGAAUACUGUACAUUCAUUCUACUCAUCAUACGCAUGUACUUAUUUUUGUUGAUUCUAAUUCUUAGAAUUGUGAAUGAAAAUCGAAAGUUUAUUUCUUUCAUGUCAGGUUUGUUACAAUGCAGAUUUUUGUUGUUGUUCCAAGAGGUUUAUACAUAAGAUCCAUUGAAUUGCAUGUUCAUGUAUUUGUUCUACAUUUACCUGUCAACAGGGUAUGACGAGUGCACUUUUGUUCAUUUUAGAUUACUUGUUAAAUUAAAUCAUCAAUACUUAUCCUCGAAAUAUCAGUUAUCACAUUUAGAUGAGGAAAUAUUCAUUUCUUAGCUUUAUCAUUAAUUAUGCAUCGCUCAUGCAUGUUGUUGUACCAACGAAAUGCAGACUUUGCAUGAGAAGAAGUGUAAAUGAUAUUUUAAAAUCUAGGUUUUCAUAUGAAGCGAAGUGUGUGGCUAUUGCUCGAUUCUGUUCAGGUUAUGAAUGCAUCUAGGUAUCUGAAAUGAAAGCUCUAUUUUUCUGUGAUGUCAAGAAUUACAAUUGAGAUGUAUAUUAUGCUUAUAGUAAAGUUAAAGUAGAUAUUUGCUUGUAAAAUGCAGAAGUUAAUUUUUGAUUGAUUUUCGAGAAAAUGGAUACCGUCCCAUAUUCACUCUCUGCAUGAUUAAUUUGAUGUAUUAUUUUGCCAACUUUUUUUUUGUAAGGAUUGUUUUUGGUUUGAUUAAGUUUAAAUUGAUAAUUGCAUGUAAUCCUGUAUGUUUUAAGGCUUUACUUCUUCCUAAAAGUGAAUUAAUAUGAAUAUGUAUUUCUUUCAUGGUUAUUUCAGUUACAUGUGGGUUACACAUCGAUACAUAAUUUGUUAUUCAAUUCUAAUUACAUUUCAUCCACAAUUUGCUUAUUGGUGAUGGUGAGAGUUUAAAACAAU